AUGCUGGUUCCGAGGCUGAUGGGGACGGCGGGUGCGCUGACCCGUCUUCUUCCCAAUAUCGGUGGAUGCAGCGCCGGUAUCCGGCGACUGUACCUGGGGGUGGUGCGCAGUAUGGCCCUGUACGGUGCUCCCGUGUGGUCGCCCGCACUUACCGCGCGAAGCCCGGCUCUGCUGCUCAGAGCUCAGCGGGCGCUCGCUGUGAGGGUCAUCAGGGGGUACCGCACCAUCUCUCAGGAUGUGGCCUGUGCCCUCGCCGGAUCCUUUCCGUGGGACCUCGAAGCUGAAAUCUUAGCCGCGACAUACCGACGGAGAACACAGUCCUCGACUCGGGAACGGACACCCGGCAUGUCAGCUGUCGAUCGGUGGAGGCAUGCUGUGCGUAGUAUGGCGUAUGCCAAAUGGAGAGAGCGCUUGCUGGAGGAGCUCGGCCGAACUUCGGCUACUCGUUAG